GCAACAAUCUCUGUUCCAUGUCUUAGCUGCAUAUUCUGUUUAUAAUACGGAGGUUGGAUACUGUCAAGGGAUGAGCCACAUAACCGCAUUGCUCCUAAUGUACAUGAACGAGGAAGAUGCUUUCUGGGCUUUAGUGAAACUGCUAUCGGGGCCCAAGCAUGCUAUGCAUGGAUUCCCAGGAGGUCAACACCAGCUUUUACACAAUGAAGUGGUUUUUCCAGUGUUUCCUUGACCGUACUCCCUUUCGGUUAACCCUCAGGAUCUGGGAUAUCUACGUCCUUGAAGGAGAGCGAGUUCUUACUGCAAUGGCCUACACCAUUCUGAAACUGCACAGAAGUAAAGAGGAUGAAUUUCCAAAGAAGUUGGGGAAAACGCCAGCCGACAGUCAACCAGCCAUGCUGAAUCUCACGCAUCUCGUCAAUGGACAAAAAACCAACAGUGUAGCGAAGGAGGCCCCGGCAAGCCAGAGGGCUGGAGAAGGCCGUCGAGAAGGUUCACCAAGGAGAUACGGAGAAGGAGGCCAAGAAAGCUCACCUACGGCACGGAUAAAGAGAGACAGGGAAGGCUCACCGACACCACGGGGAGAGAGAGGCCGAGAAAGCUCGCCGAACCGCCAAAGACGAAAAAAUUCUCUGGAAAAGAGGCAGAUUUUGAGACAUCAGCAAAAGCCGGUAACACCAAACGCACAAAGUGGGUUGCCAAAGCAUGAUGGGGAGACCCCCGGAAGAAAGCCUGAAGCGCAAACAGAGGCUGAGCCCAAGCAGAAACACAACGCAACUGCGAACCAAAACUCCAACGCAGUGUUAACUACGGGGAAAGAGUUUGUCCCCAGGUGGAUUAAACCUUCCGACGUUAAGAUAAUCGAAAAAACCACCAAAAUCACCAUGGAGUUUAAGACCAGAUUGCCAAAGCAGGGCUGGACAGGACCAGCCCCUGCUCCGGAAGACGAAGCUCAGAGAUUCAACCCCAAGCAAAAAACGAGGGUUUGGGACGUGGAUGAAAGUAAGCGGGGGUCGAAUGCCUCGCAGUACGACAACGUUCCCGAAGCCGAUCUGGAGAACGGAAGCUCUGUGGAGCAGGCCCCGGAAAGAGUUGUUCUGCAGAAUCCAAGGAGCACCAUUUUCUCCAGCGGCUCCAGAAAAGAGAUCGAGAAAGGAUCUAGUCCACCAAAAAUAUCCAACAGUUAUGCCUUCAGCUCUGGACCAAGGGUCCCCAGAUACUCCUCCCAAUCUGACGCAUCGGUGGUUGGAUCUCACACGAGACAGCCACCCCCAACGUAUAAUAAUCCACCUGUUUACCAAGGGUAUUCUCCAAAGCACACAACCAAAGAUGGUAACUUCACAGCCACGCAGUACAAUCACGGGACUCGGACCAGCUCCGCCACUCAGUUGUAUGUUCCCGAUUUUCCACCGGAGACGGAAACUCAUCAAAUGCUCUCUGAGAGGCCACCUAGAAAUUACUCUGCCCUCCACCAGAAUCUUGUUGUGACGCCUUCGAGUCGGGUAGAGGUUCUCCCCGACGAGGUCUUCCCAAGCAGCCCCAGAGGCCACCGCCCCGCAAUCCCUGUAGUAGAUUAUCUGCCAGAUCAUAAAAAAUGGGCGGAUCCCCCUUUAGCGUACAGACCAGGAGCCUACGGACAACCCUGGGGCGGAGACGGUGGCCGAAGUCACUUCGGUCACUUGAAGAGACACCCAGCGUUUCAGCCUAAGCCUCUUGAAGACCACAACUUUCCCACCCUUUCCGUGGACAGGCCUCUGAGAUACAGGACAGCCUCAGGGGAACUCGGGCCCCCCUCCUACCAGUAUCCGAGUUCCCCUGGUCCCGACCGUCAUUACAGGCACCAAGCAGAUGGGUUGUCUAUGAACGAAUCAGUGCUGCUUUGAAACAAUAUAUAUAUAAAUAUAUAUAUAUAUAUAUAUAUAAAUCACAUCCGCUCACCUAAAAGGCCUGGAAAAGAACGUGCUUUGGGUCGAGAGUGAUCUAAGAUUAGUAUUCUCUACACAGGACAGUUCAAACCGUCCUGCAGAAAAGCAUAACACUAUUUCCCAAGGUAUUCGAUUUUGGCCAAAGCCGACCCUGAGACAUGGGCAGAGCAAAACGGAUCUCAUAAAAUGUAGCAAUAUCUUCUUCCCCGUGGCUGUCCUGACAGUUGUUUGGUUCAGUCGCUUCCUUGGGGGAAACGACCCCAGUGGCCUCAAAAGUUUGCAAAGCCCCUCUCAGCCAGCUGCCUUUUUUCAGGGUGGGGGGGGGACCUG